CCACAAAAAGGAGCCCAAAGACAGAGAGUCAGCCUAACCCUUUCAUCAUCAGACUUUGUCCCACACCCUGGACCAUUCCUGGCUCCAAGUCCGAAGGUUGUCACUCUUUACUGCCUGGCCUCAACGUGCAUAUGAGAAUGUUGAAUACACAUUGUGGGUCAGUCUUCCAGCCGGGCUUCAAUACUCGAUUUCCUUAGAUGAGAGAGAGUCAGUGCUGGAGAGAGAGCUCCAGAGACAUACACUCUCACACCCAAGCUUGUACCGAAGCAAAGCUGGUGAUACAAACAAGGGGUGUGGGAGGGAUUGUAGAGAUGCUGAGAGACAGCCAGAAGGGUGGUGAGCAUCUGGAGAGGGGAUGCAGGCUGAUAGGGGAUGCUGCCUGCUGAGUCCCCAGGAGGACCCAAACAUCCCUCCCUCCUUAUAAGACUAAACCAACAUCAAAUCGUGGAAAAUUAAUUCUAAAAACUGCCAGCUUCUGGAGAGACCUGGAAAAGGAGUGCGAACACCUCUCUUUUCGGUGGUCUCUCAUUGCCUCAAAUAUCAGGAGGGUUUGAGGACCCCAAAUUGGAGGAACAAUUUCUUCCCUGGACCCACUUACUGAGACAACCUUGAUUUCUGUGAAUCUGUAGCCCAGGAUACUCAUGUCUUUUGGGGUAGGAGGCGGGGGGUCGAGUGGGGGUUGCAGACAGGAUAGGGAUGAGACAAACCUAGGCUGGGGGAUGCCCCUCACUCCUCCUUUCCAUAUCCCCCAGUGAGGAGACAGUUAGUCCCUUUCCCCAGUGCCCCUUCCCGUGCCAGAAGCAAGCGGUACAUACUAGAGCCAGGCAGGGUGUCUCGGGCAGCGGCAGCCUUAGUCUUCCAGGAAGCUCCUAGCCUAGCUGCAGAGCCAGAGGGAGAAGCUGGGGCUCAGACCUUCUUUUCAUUUCCGGGCCUUGGGUCCUCUGGGCAGCAGGCUCUGGCCUGCCCCUCAGACCCUAAGAGUUGUGGAGAAGCAGGAAUAAUAAACCCCAGCUUGGAGGAGACAGAGCAGGUCUGACAAUCAAGAAAAACGGUUUUCAAAACCUGAGAAAGAGUGUUUCUUCUUUGGCUUUCUCUUUCUGAAAACGAUGCCAAUUAGCGGAGAACUCUUCUUCCCUCUACCAACACAAAACCGGAGAAAUAAACCUUCUCCUUUAGUCCUCUCUUAAUGAGACUGAGAUUCGAGAUUCGGUGACAUUUACUCACCCUUCCUUUGAGGGAAUGGGGCUCAAGCAACGCAGGGGUUAACUUUUCUGAAAACACAAUUAACUUUUUCCUAUCCUGCGUGGGGAGGGGAGGGAUAUAUUUAUUUAAUCACUGGGGGAUGGGGUGGUCUCCAUCCAAAUGCUUCCUCCUCCCUCAAAGGCACAGACGCCUCUUUCGCAGAUCCUACGUAGGUGGAACAGGAAGCGUCGUGUUGUUGGGGAGAAAGAGAAAGGAGAAGGAGAAGAAGGAGGAAAAAAAAGGUUGAUAGGUUUGUGCGCGGGUCCCUCGUGCGGGCUGCGCUCCUCCUGGGUGCUAUUUGACAAUUCCUGCCUCUGCCAUUGGUCAGUGUUGGAUCAGAUGGUUGUAUUUCCUUCUGGCCCUCACUGGCACCUCGCCAUCCCCCCUCAGCUAAAACCCAAUCUCAGAUAUACUACUAAUAGGCGCGGCGCUCGGACUAUAAAACACAACAAAUCAUAAACCCGGCGGAGCAGCAGCGGCCGUGCGCGCCUCCCCUCCCAAUGAGUUCCUAUUUCGUGAACUCCACCUUCCCCGUCACUCUGGCCAGCGGGCAGGAGUCCUUCCUGGGCCAGCUACCGCUCUACUCGUCGGGCUAUGCGGACCCGCUGAGGCACUACCCCGCGCCCUACGGGCCCGGGCCCGGCCAGGACAAGGGCUUUGCCGCUUCCUCCUAUUACCCGCCGGCUGGCGGCGGCUACGGCCGAGCGGCGCCCUGCGACUACGGGCCGGCGCCGGCCUUCUACCGCGAGAAGGAGUCGGCCUGCGCGCUCUCGGGCGCCGACGAGCCGCCCCCGUUCCACCCCGAGCCGCGGAAGUCCGACUGUGCGCAGGACAAGAGCGUGUUCGGCGAGACCGAGGAGCAGAAGUGCUCCACUCCGGUCUACCCGUGGAUGCAGCGGAUGAAUUCGUGCAACAGUUCCUCCUUUGGGCCCAGCGGCCGGCGUGGCCGCCAGACCUACACGCGCUACCAGACGCUGGAGCUGGAGAAAGAGUUUCACUACAAUCGCUACCUGACGCGGCGGCGGCGCAUCGAGAUCGCGCACGCCCUGUGCCUGACUGAGCGGCAGAUCAAGAUCUGGUUCCAGAACCGGCGCAUGAAGUGGAAAAAGGAGAGCAAACUGCUCAGCGCAUCUCAGCUCAGUGCCGAGGAGGAGGAAGAAAAACCAGCCGAGUGAAGGCGCUGGAAAGGGAGGGGGGACGCGAAAGGGAGAGGCCUGUGGGGAGCCGAGGGCAUCGGAGAGCCCGGAGAAGGCUCUGCGGGUGGGGGAGCCCGGGGACCUGCUCUCCAGCGCAUGUCAGGCGGGGCCCAGCGCUCUCCUGGACGCCCCCGCCCGCAGAGCUCUCGCUGGGGGCUGGGAGGCGGUGCGCCUGAGCCCACCCAGCACCCGGCUCACCCCCUCCAUCCCCGCGGAACCCGCCUCCGCCCGAUCAGACUCCCCGUGAGAACUGAGGACCGAACUCACUUGAUGUUUCCUGGAAGCAGAGCAAAAUACUCUUGUCCGUGUCGCGUCUCAUUUCGUCCAUGUACCCCGUGCACGGUUCAAUGGUAGAUUCACAGUCCCCUCAGCGGGGGCCUCGAAGACUCCCUGACCCCAGACCUCUCUCCCACCCCCUCCCCAAAGCCACUGGAAGGAGCACAUACUACCUAGAAGUAAGAAGAGGAGCCUCAGAAGAAAACAAAGUUCUAUUUUAUUAAUUUUCUAUGUGUUGUGUUUGUAGUCUUGUCUUAGCUCUGGACGUGAAAUACUUCGGUAAUAAUAUUAAUAUUAUUAAUAAUGAUAAUAAUAAUAAAGACGUAAAAACUC